AUGUCUACUUCCGCCAGACGCCGCUUGAUGCGAGACUUCAAGCGUAUGCAAACUGAUCCGCCCGCUGGCGUAUCUGCGUCCCCUAUUGCUGACAACGUCAUGACCUGGAACGCUGUCAUUAUCGGUCCCGCCGACACUCCCUUUGAAGAUGGAACUUUUCGACUUGUGAUGCAAUUCGAAGAAGCCUACCCUAACAAACCUCCGGGUGUCAAAUUCGUCUCGCAAAUGUUCCACCCCAACGUCUAUGGUACGGGCGAGUUGUGCUUGGACAUUCUCCAGAACAGAUGGUCUCCGACUUACGAUGUGGCGGCCAUUUUGACAAGUAUUCAAUCACUACUCAACGAUCCCAACACAUCUUCCCCUGCGAAUGUCGAAGCGUCCAACCUGUACAAAGAUAACCGGAAGGAAUACACCAAGAGAGUACGGGAGACGGUGGAGAAGAGCUGGGAGGAUUGA